CUCCUGGGACUUGUAGUUCUCCCUCUGCGUGGGGCCGGGAGGUGAGACGAGGUGUGGCUUCCUGCCUCCCUAGAGGAACCUCGUGGUCGGGAAAGAGUUUGUCUGGCUUCAUUCAACCCGCAAGCAGCUCGUCUGGCCCUAAAAACUCGGGACCUCCCCUUUUGGAGCAAUGAAGAAAGCUGCUCAGGCUGCCCUGCUCCUGUACAUAAAAGCACCCAUCUGAACCAGCCCCACAAGGGAUUCUGUGAAGAACCAACCAGGAUAAAAUAAUGGAUGAGGUCUAAACAGGGAAUAGAUCUGAAACUGGCUUUACCAGCAAACAGACAUUGUGUUCUUACAAAUUGAAGGCUCGUGGCAACCUUGAUCAAGCGAGUCUCCUGGCACCAUUUUUCCGACAUCGUGUCUCUGUGUCACAUUUGGACAACCCAGUGUUCAGCAAUCACUACUCUGACAGGUCAGCAGCCAGCAGCAUUGAGGCAAGACCUUCCAGCAGCAAGAAAAAGAUUACAAUUUGCUGAAGGCUCAGAGGAUGAACUGAUACUUAGCACUGUACACAGUAACAGCAAUAUCGUGGAAUGAUCAACUGUGAUAGCCUUGGUUAUUCUGAGCCAUGCGACGAUCCAGGGCCACUCUGAGGGACUGAAGACAAAGGAUGCUCUCCAUCUGCCUCCAGAGGAAGGACCGUGGAUGUGGGAAUGCAGAUGAAAGAAAGCAGCUCUGCAAGUUCUUCAUGUGGAUUUGGGACUGAGCAGGAGCGGAGUUGCCGGGCCCUGUCCUUAUCAUCCAGCAGUUCCAGGGCAGAAUUGUAGGUUCUGCUUUGGUUUGGGAUUCCUGGCCUAGUUAGUCAUCUACAGGCUCAGUUGGAAGCUGGAGAUGACAGCCUGCUUUGCACCUGGGGUCUGAGCCACACUUCUGCUGCUGCUGUUCCUGGGCCCAGGAUCUCCCUAGAGAGAAGGCCACUGCCAAGCUCAGCACCCCUUCUCUGUGACCCUGAAUGAGCAUUGGGGACAAAGCUGACAGCUGGCAUCUGUUCCCAUCGCCGAGUCCCUGAAUGGGUCUGAGACCUGCUCUUGCCCUGGUGCACCUCCUCUCCCUGGAUGUAGCCCCUGUGCUCUGGCCCUCAUGCUCUCCAGGGACCAAGGCCCUCCCUAGCUUUGUCUUCCUGGGCUGGGCUGGGCUGGGCUGGGCUGGGCUGGGCUGGGCUGGACAGAAGACUCAUGGCAGCUCUUUCUGGAUUCGCCCAUUGUGGCUUCUUUUCCAAAUCCUUUGCCUGGCAUUUCUGAUCAGAGAGCUGUGGAUCCUUGGGGUGGUCUCUUCUCAGCCAUAGUUUUUCCAAAUCCUUGAACUGUAGGAGCAGAGAUGGAAGACACAGUAUUGGGAAAGAACCUUGGAAGCUCCCCUCUACUGCAUCCAGUGGAAAGCUUUUCCAUGAUCGGUGAAUGGUAAGCACCCCAGGGCCUUGUGUCAUCUACUCCAGGCAGCUGUGGGAUGAGAACAAUGCAUACAGGGCAGGAUAUUGUUGUUGCUGAGUGGUUUCCAUUCUACCCCACUGUAUAAAUGGAAUUAUCUUCCUUUGUUUAUUUUAACUUAGUCAAUCAAGAACCUGGAGUGCCCCUCACUUAGUCAAACACUUGAAGAACCUUUUACUAGAAAAGAAAGUUCACACCCUCAAAGAGUGGAAAUGGAUCCCACAAGCACUGCCCCACUCUCCACCCCAGUGCCAGGCAAAUUAAGAAACUAUGAUUGGUUCCUGAGAUGUGAUAGAGCAGCCCACAGUAAAAGGAAGUAGAAACCAGAGAAAUGAAGUGAUGUGGGAAAAGGGUUAUAAAAGGCGAGACAGGAAAGUGGAACAAGGACUUCUGCAUUGGAGGGAUUCUGCUGCAUUGUUGUCUCUGUGGUAGAUUUCAUCCUGUGUUGAAAAUUCUGCAUUGGUGGCUCAAGAAGUUCAGCUUUGGUGACUGGCUUGGGUUGAGGAGACCCUGACUGAAGAUGCUGACCUUUCAGCUCUUCUCCUGUCUUUGGUGGGAUUCAGACUCUCUUUUGGUUGGUAAGAUUUGAGUCCGCAUUUUGCACUCGUGGUCUGGAGGCACUAGCAUCCAGGCUUAGGGAAUUUAGCUAGGCAAUAUUUUCUACCUCCUUCCUACAUUUACCCCUCUUUACUAUCUCUACUUUUGUUGUAAUAAAACUUCUAAUAGCCUCGUGACUUGAGUUAAUUCUUGUAAAUGGCGACCACAACUUUUUGUAACUUAAUUUGACAAAAACCAAUUUUAACUCUUACAUCACUCUUUGUGGCCUCAUUUAGGGUUUUCUUGGCAAAGAUACUAGAGUGAUUUGCCAUUCCCUCCUCUAGCUCAUUUGAUAGAUAAGGAAACUGAGGCCAAUGGGGGAAGUGACUUACCCAGAGUCACACAAUUGACCCCAGCAGAAUAUGACUUCAGAAGGUCUUCCUGUCCCCUAUUGUUCUCAGGGUGUGAUUUUCAUGCAAAUUUUUGGAAUAUCCUCAUUUAAUCAGUAGAUGCUCCUGGCCCCAGGGCUGCAUUUUCAGUCUUAACUGGACCAAAACCAGACUUUUCCAGAGAUUUUAGUAACUUUCCCUCUUUUAUUUUUGUCUGUAAUCUUUCCCCCUUUUAGAUGACUCCUGGAGCUCAGACCUCCAGACUCAUGAUGAAAAAUGUCAGCAAGGGAGCAGCCAGGGGGCUCAGUGGAUGGAGAGCCAAACCCAGAGAGGGAGGUCCUGGGUUCAAAUCUAACCUCAGGCACUUCCCAGCUGUUGGUGGAACUUCCCCACUGUGUUUGUGGAAGCCCCAAAUUUGCCCCUGUUCCUUGGGAACUUGCCUUUAGGGAUAGUCCCAAACUGGCUUUGUCUUAAACUGAACAAGGGAUCCCCAAAUGUCCACUGAGGAUCCUGAAUAGGAGUGAGAGAAAUGCUCCAUCACCCUUUCCCCCACUGUAUCACUGUAUCAGAGAUGGUUCCCAAGAAGACCAGCACCUGGCAGCAACCGUCCAUGCAGUAUCCCUGACACCCCAGCCUCUGGCCACAGCUUCUUUCCCAGGCCUGCUUGGAAACUGUCAGUGUAGCUUUGCUGUGCUUAAUCCCCCAGAGGUAUGGAAGUCCCCCGUUCUAGUGGCCUCGGAGCCCCAGAGCUUUGGCUCUGCUCGGUGGCCUGACUCUCUUCCUGAUUAAUGAUUUGGUUUUAUGACCACCUUGGUGGUUCUGUUGCCUUAACAUCAGACUGUAGACACAGUGGAUAGAGCCUGGGCUAAAAGUAGGAAAGACUCGAGUUCAAAUCUGACCUCAGACACUUUCUAGCUGAAGAAACCUGGGCAAGUCACCCUGUUGGCCUCAGUUUCCUCAUCUGUAAAAUGAAUUGGGGAACACAAUGGCAAACCACUCUAGAAGCUCCCUCAAAUGGGGUGACUGGAAGAUGACUGACCAACAAGAGACAUGGUGAGCUCAAGGCAGAGGCCAAGUCCUAUCCUGAAAUGGUGCUGUUAACUUGGAAACAACACCGAGCUGCUAAAGUAGUGGGGGAAAGCAAGAGAGAGCUUCACAGGGCGCACGACACCCUGGGGCUCCGGGGCCAGAUCCCCGGCGGAGCGCUCCAAAGAACCACAGCACUUGGGGACUCUUUUACCAUUUGGGGAGCGAAGGACAGGCAAGCAGAGGUCCGAGUCAGGAUUGUCAGAGAGAGGCUGCUGCUCUCCAAUGGAUACCAAAGGGGAGGGUCCAGCAAGGGCUGGGCUGCUCUGCUACAAGGGGAGAAACUACCAGGACAAAAGCGUGCGCCUCGUCCCAUUGGGCUACCUUUAAGUAUUGUUCUGUCUGGCCAGUCUGCAACUCCCUGGGGUGAGUUCUCAGGGGACAGGGGCACACUUGGGGUCUCCAGAUUUCAAGUUGAGUCACCUCCCUGCUCCCCCAUUUUGAGUACACCCCAGGGGCUCCCUAUUACUGCCAGGUCCAAAUGAACCCUUUGUUUCCCGUCCUACCUGCCAGGCUUCUUCUGCCUUACUCCCCUCAGGUGCUCUUGGAUCCAGAGACACUGGCCUCUGCCUCAGGCUGCUGCCCCUCUGGGCCCUCCUGGCUUUCUUCGAGUCUCCUCUUCCAGGAAGCCUCUCCCAACCCCUCUUAGUUCUAGCAGCUCCCUUUCCUCCUCCAUCAUCCCGUUUGUUGCUGGCUUGUCCAGUUAUUUGCAGGCAGGCUUCUCCCUCAGGGUGGACCCCUUUGGGGAGGAGCCACCUUCUGCUGUCUCCCCUUGGUCCACAGGGCUUGGCGUGGUGCCCCGCAUCGCUGUAGACUGCUCGAACAGAGCCAUGCACAUCAGGGAUGCCAGCAUGGUGGGCACAACCAGAGUGGGGGGUCUACACCUCUAAGCCCGGUCUGCCCCUCUUUCCUGUGUGGAAUCUAGAAGCCCCCAAACUUGUAGCCAGUAAGGUCCGAUGAACCCCAAGCGUAGCCAGCUAGAAAGAUGGAGACCUCAAAGCUGGUCGGAGUUCCCUGCGAACCCACCCUGCCCGGAGUCUCAGACUGAACAACAGACCUUCCCACAUUGAAUGGACUUAGCUGGGUGGAGUUGAGAGCUUUUAAUCAAAAGCUAAAAUAUCCUUCUCUUCCCAAGAAGACCCCUCCUGCGCAGGGACCACUGUGGGUAGCCCCGGACUGGGUGCUGGAGCUCUCGUCAUGCCCAUCCAGCCUCCUUCCUGCCCCAGGAUCCCCCAGAUGGCAGAGAGUCCCCCAAGUUCUGUUCCUCAUCCGUCAUCCCUCACCGCGGCCCUCCCAGGCGCUGCCAGUCUGGGACUCCGCGAGGAGGCCUAAUUCUAGCGCUAACCUCCUUUCCUUAGAUUGUCCCGACUAGUGCAUAGUUCUGUUCCCGUUUCACAGCCGCACUUGUGUCCAAGGGUCACAGCCCAGAGGCUCCUUCGUGUCCAGCCGAGGCCUCGUGUCAGGGGACACCAGCCCCGGGCGCAGGGGUCCAGGAAGCUAGCCCAGCGGGUCUCUGAUCAAUGGAUGUCUAUUCAGCACGCCGGCCUCCUCCUGAGCCAGGAAUCCCGCAUCCCUCUCGGCUUUGUUCAAGGGAGUCAAAGGCUGCCUUCUGGAGAUGGGAGAGCUGCUGCGCUGCUGGGAAAGUUCCCGAGGCAGGAAGAUGCACCCUGGCACCCCAGCCACCGCGGGGCUCCCUGAGCCCGAACCCCAGGAGCUGUGUGCCUUCAUGAGCGGGGUGGCUGCCCGAAUCCUGAGGACCCUUCAGCCCCGGAAAGCGCGGGCCCCGCGGAGGAAGCCCAACCACCGCAGGUUCCUCUACAACCAGCUGUGCAGGAGUUUUGCUGACAUCCAGGCCGCCACCCGACACCUGGCUCUGACCGUCCUGUCCCAAGAGGGCCCGGGGCCCCAGGCCAAGCCCCGGCCCCAACGGCCUCCCUCGCCCUUCCUAGGGGUGGCCCAGGCCCUGGCUGUGCCAGAGAACCGUGGGCCUGGGCUGGCCCUGAGUCCCUGGGCUCUCCAGAGCCCCACUCAUGAGCUUUUUGAGUUCCUCCCCCUGAGCCCCAAGGAGCAAAGCCGGGGGGCUGAAGACCUCCCCCUGCUUGCCCAGGUGCCCCCUGACUCCUGCCUCUUUGGCCAGGCCCCCCAUCUUCUUCUGGCCCCAUCCUCCGAGCCUGUGGAGAUCCAGUAUCCCUGCCCACCCAUGCCCGUGGACCCCUUGUCCACCCUGGAGGGGCCCUGGCCUGCUGGGGACCCUGGCUGUGGGGUGGGGCGGGGCUGCUGAGCCCCCCCCCCGCCCCCCCAUCCAUUGUCUCCCCUCAUUUAACCCGGGGAGGUCUCCUGCCUCCUCCCCCUUCCUCCCGCCCCCCAGCCUGGAGCGCAGGACACCGCAGACGCUUAAUAAAUGCUAGCAGGC